AUGGAUUUGUUGAAUGUUAUAGUGGACAUAGGCCCUAUGACACUUUUCAAUAUAAGCCUAACCCGUAUCGUUCCGAUAAUAUCGUUGGCAUCAGUUUCAGAGCGUAUUCGAGUCCCAAUAAUUAUCGCAAAGGAGGUGGUGGUGGAAGAGAUCGAGGCAGAAACGAUUCGAGUCAUCGGAAGAAGAGCAAAGAGCGAAAACGCCGUGAUAAAAGGAGCCGUAGUCGGAGCCGUCAUCGUUCACCAAAACGAGGUGGCUCUUCGAAGAAGAGGAGUAAGAGGAAUUCAUCCGGAUCUUCUUCUUCAGAUUUCUAGCAAUUCAAUCUUGAUGUGUCUGACUCUUCUCGCGAUUUCGUAUUAUUAUGAUAUUUCUUCGUUGUUCCCGGAACAGUCGCAUUAA